AUGGCCACCGCAAGAGAUAUUCGUCCCCGGACGGACGACCUGGCUGCUCAGGCUCAGUACCUGUCUACCUCUCCCAAUGCUUCCUUCCACUCCCCGUCUAGCCACGGCUCGGCGCUGACUCGGACGGUCCCUCUGGUCAAUGCGAAGCACCUGAAGCCGUUCGCUACUGAGGAUAUUAAGGUUUUGUUGCUGGAGAAUGUCAACCAGACUGGCCGGGAUAUCCUCCAGCAGCAGGGCUACCAAGUCGAAUUCCUUAAGUCCUCUCUCCCAGAGGACCAGCUCAUUGAGAAGAUUCGGGACGUCCACGUCAUUGGUAUCCGUUCGAAAACCAAGCUUACCGCGCGCGUCCUGAAAGAGGCGAAGAACCUGAUCGUCAUCGGAUGUUUCUGUAUCGGAACCAACCAGGUUGACCUUCAAUAUGCUGCCGAGCACGGUAUUGCUGUCUUCAACUCUCCCUUCAGCAACUCCCGCAGUGUUGCAGAGCUGGUCAUCGGUGAGAUCAUUGCCCUUGCGCGACAGCUGGGUGAUCGCUCAAAUGAGAUGCACAACGGUACCUGGAACAAAGUGAGCAACAAGUGCUGGGAGAUUCGUGGAAAGACACUGGGUAUCAUUGGAUACGGUCACAUUGGCGCCCAAUUGUCAGUACUGGCCGAGUCCAUGGGCAUGUCGGUUAUCUUCUAUGAUGUCGUGAACCUGAUGGCCCUGGGCACUGCGCGUCAAGUUGAAACCCUGGAGGCCCUCUUGGGUGAGGCUGAUUUCGUCACUUGUCAUGUGCCCGAACUCCCCGAGACCAAGGGCAUGAUCGGUCAGGCGCAGUUCGAGCAGAUGAAGCAGGGCAGCUACUUGAUCAAUGCCAGCCGUGGUACCGUUGUCGAUAUCCCCGCCCUCAUCCUUGCUAUGCGCAGCGGUAAGAUUGCUGGUGCUGCUCUGGAUGUAUACCCGAACGAACCCGCUGGAAACGGCGACUACUUCAACAAUGACCUGAACACCUGGGGCGCUGACCUGCGCGCCCUCAAGAACUUGAUCUUGACCCCUCACAUCGGUGGUAGCACUGAGGAGGCCCAGAGUGCCAUCGGCGUUGAGGUUGCUCAGGCCUUGACCCGCUAUGUUAACGAGGGUUCUACCCUGGGCGCUGUCAACCUGCCCGAAGUCACCCUCCGUUCUCUCACCAUGGACGAGCCAAACCACGCUCGCGUCAUCUAUAUUCACCAGAAUAUUCCUGGUGUGCUGCGAAAAGUCAACGAAGUCAUUGGUGACCACAACGUCGACAAACAAAUGACCGACAGCCGAGGCGAUGUCGCUUACCUGAUGGCCGAUAUCAGCAACGUCGACAACGCGACUAUCAAGGACCUAUACUCAAGACUCGAGAGCCUUUCUUCCCGAAUCAUGACCCGCAUUCUAUACUAG